CAGGUGAAGUGACUUCUAUUGUGUGCUCCUGUUUGAGCGACUCUUGGGACGUCUUGGUGUCGAUUGGACUGCCGUUUGGAGCUUCGACAGGUGGCUGGGUGUCCCAAGUGCUGGUGUGAGUGAGGGCAGACACUUGGAGCGGAAAUUGUCUGAGAAAUUGGACGCCGAAAUGUCGCCGACGGACAACCCAUGCUGCUGCGGGCAGCCGGCUGGCCAUCCUACGACGGCCCCCAUCUGCAUUAGAACGGCUCUCCAAGUGCUCCAGGAAAGUGUUUCACACAUCCAGACUGCUGUCGACGACCUGAAGGUGCGCGUCCUGGCCCCGAAAGUCCCGCAAAUGUCGUCCUCUUCUUCAACCAAUGAAGUGACAGACCUAGUCGAAUGGACCAAUGAGCAGCCUGCUCAGCCAAAACAACAACAAUUUGAAUAUAAUGGCCCGCGAAUGGUUGAACUGGACGAAAAUCUUUUUCAAGACGCGCCUCAAGAUGCCUCUCUUUGCCACUGUGUCGGCGGCGACUUCGUGAUGGGCAAAGGACUUGCGGUUGAGAUGCGGCAGCGUUAUUGCCCGGACCCAGUACUGCGAUAUCUGCGCAGCCGAAAGUGGAGGCCAGGACAAGUCGCAGCGAUUCCGCUCUCCAUCGAUGGCAGGGUGACAAGGUAUAUAUUUCACCUGGUCACCAAGCCUUUCUCCAGGUACUGCCUCCCUCGACGUGAGGAGCUCCGUAGGACGAUCCGUGAGUUGGCCCACCAAUGCCAUAUUAAAAAGAUACCGGUCCUUGCUAUGCCCCAGAUCGGUGCCGGCCUCGACAAACAACCGUGGCAGUGGGUGAGGCAGGUCAUUCUGCAGGAUUUCAGGGGCCUAAACAUCGACAUCCUUGUCUACCGCCACCCAGGAGAGGGGAGAGGCGCCUUUGCUCGUCAAGCACAGAGGAAACCUGAAUAUGUAACGCAGCCUGACUUUUCCAGUGCAUCGUCCUUUGCAGCUCUGGCUCCUGAAGAGGAAAAGGGGAACCCUGAUAACUCUAGUCCACCUGAUAUUUUGGACCAAGCGGACGAGCUGAAACCCGAAAACGUCCAAAACCCUCAAAGGCGCUCCCCGCACCGAUUGGCAACUGACCUGGAGAAGAUGAUGGUUCGGCGAGGCCUUCCGCUGCCAGUGCUCGAUGGAGAGACCAACCAGCAGCCUCAACUUGGGCCGGGCGCGGCUUUAAAUGGCGCCAAAGUGCUGUCUACUCACCAGGGUGGGGUCAUCGGACGCGUGGACAAGGUGACUAGGGUGUCGGAGCAGUCCGCGUCCGCGUCUGGCCCCGCCCGCCAAGGUGAGUCAGUUUCUUUUUUAAAACCCAAUGUUGCUGCGGAUGAGAGCAGAUCUCCUUUGCCACUGACUGACGACGCCCCUGUUUCUAGCCUGUCUAGACCUGAGCCAAUGACGACGAGCAACGUAGUACAGCCUCAACCAGGGCCGGGCGCGGCUUUAAAUGGCGCCACUGAGCUAUUCACUCACCAGGGUGGGGUCAUCGGACGUGUGGGUGAGGAGACCAGGUCACAGUCCGCUUCUGGCCCCGCCCGUCAAGGUGAGUCAUCCCUGAAUUUGGUGGCCGACGUCUCAGCUGAGAUGGACGGGUCUUUUGUGUCGUCGAGUAAUGAGGCCAUUGUUUCCAGUGUAAAUCCUGAACCAGAUAGCGACGCAGAGCAGCCUCAACCUGGGCCGGGCGCGGCUAUAAAUGGCGCCACUGAGCUAUCUACUCACCAGGGUGGGGUCAUCGGACGCGUGGACAAGGAGACAAAGAUAUCAGAACCGUCCGCGUCUGGCCCCACCCGCCAAGCUUGCUAAAGACUAACAUCUAUGGGAAACUGAAUUCGAGGGAAAAAAUCAAAGACCUUCAGAAACCAAGACCGAGAUCUGCAUCGCCAUCGUUGCCAGCAUCACCUGCAUCCAGUGCCUUCGUAACGAAGCGUCAACAUC